AUGGCACCAAAGAAGGACAAGGCUCCUCCCCCGUCUUCAAAGCCUGCUAAAUCUGGCGGUGGCAAGCAGAAGAAGAAGAAAUGGAGCAAGGGAAAACAAAAGGAGAAGGUGAACAACAUGGUUUUGUUUGAUCAAGCUACAUACGAUAAGCUCGUCUCAGAAGCUCCAAAGUAUAAGCUUAUCACUCCUUCUAUAUUGUCUGACAGAUUGAGGAUCAGCGGCUCUCUUGCACGCAAGGCAAUCAAGGAUCUAAUGGCCAGAGGAUCUAUUAGGAUGGUUUCUUCACAUGCCAGCCAACAGAUCUACACUAGGGCUACCAACACCUAA